CUUCAAACAAUUUCAGAAAAUCUCCGAUAAUAAUGUUUGGUAGCUUGAGAUGAGAUGGAGCUAAUAUUUUUCGAAUAAGUGUAAGGUUGAAUAAUAAUACUACAUGAAAAUGGUAGAAGGCUCCAAGCAAGUCCGGGUGGACAACUGGGGGGUGUUUUUCCUCCAGCGUCUUCAGAUGUUUUUCAGUAAAACAGAUUACUGUGACCUAACCCUACAGUUUGAGGGAAAUGUUCAGCUGAAAGUUCACAGACUUGUUAUGAAUGCUUGUACAGAAUACUUCACAAUUUUGGAAAGAAACUAUCCUGCUGUGGAAGAAAAUACCAUUAUGAUGCCUGGUGAUCUUCAGUCAGAUGUAAUUGUUCCCAUUGUGAACUUCAUGUAUACAGGUAUGCUGGAGUUUCAUAUGUCCAUAUUUGAAAAACUGUACUCUGCAGCCGAACUUAUGAACAUUACUAUAUUGACAAAACUCUUAGACGCUCAGAGAACUGCCUAUCAACAGCACAGAUUGAAACAAAUGAGCGAAGCUAAACCAAAAUCCGAGGUGAGUUGGAUGAAAAAAACAUUUCCAAAAGAGAAAGCUCCAUCUUUUUCAAAUGAUCUGCCUCAUCCUCUGCCUGGAAGAAAAGUUCCAGUAUGGAAGCGCAAGGCAGCACCGCCUCCUGUCUCCCAUCCUGUCUCGCAACUUCAUUUUCCAGAACAUGGGUACCCCAUAGACCCUCUUUCGAUCCCUGAUAACACCCCAAAACCCACUAGAUUUGAAUGGCCAGAAGACGAUCUUCCACCCAUCAAUUUUAUGGACACUAGCUUCGAGGAUUUUACUCUAACGAGCCUGCCUCUGCUCACAAAAGAAGACGAAGAUAAGGCGAAGCCUUCUUUCGAUGAUUUGAGGUACAAUGUUGAAGUGCCGAAGAAAAAGGCCGGUAGUAGUAAGGCUUCCAGUAGUAAUGUGAAUACUGCUCAAGUUGAGGAAUUUGUUAAGGAACAGAAGAUACGAACUGCUAUGUUUGAAGAUGUUGAGAACGGCGAAGGAGGGGGACAAAAACGCAAAAUGGAUCAAGGUACCUCAAAACAACCAUCUAAAAAAGUGAAAGUGAAUAAUAAAGAGAAUCACGAGACCACUAUCAGCGUGGAAGGCAGUGAUUUUUCAGAUCUGGCCAAUAUAGACCACACAAAAAUAGUCGCAGAAAUUCUGAAAAAAUAUCCAGACCUUGUCAAGAAGAAUAAGAACAUAAAGUUGAAGAUAAUGACCUCUGGAAACAAUAAGAAUUCACCAGAGAAAAUAUCGGUACAAACAGUGGUUGAAAACACUAAGAAACCGCCACCGCCAAUUCAGGCUGAACCUGUUAAAGUCAGGCCGCAAAAUUCGCCUCCAAAGAAACAUCCCAAAAGGAAUGACGCGCAAGAAGAAGGGCCAUGGAUGUGUCAAAAGUGCAUGGAAAUGGGUGGAGAGUCACAAGAAUUCGUUCUCUACUAUCUAUAUAGGAAACACAUGACAGACAGCCACAAUGAGACGUUCGACGCGAAUCUGUGCAAGUAUUGCGGUAAACGGUGCGGCACUGAUAACCUGAUGUUGUACCACUUGUAUACAAAACAUGCUCUGAAGCCUCCGGCUGGUUCUAAUUUCCCCAAGUGUGAUCGUUGUCCUUUCAUAGCACAAUCGAACGCUCGUCUCGAUCAACACAAAGAAAUGCACAAACCCAACGAAAUGCAAUGCCAGGACUGUAAGCUGGCCUUCAGCAGCUCCCAUGCCCUGGGCGCGCAUGUCCGUGUCACAAGCCACUACAACAAGCCCGGCAAGGUUAGCUUCGACUGCCAGUACUGCAUGAAAAAGCUCCAGUCGGCCAUCAAUCUCUUCACCCACAUCAAAAACUCUCACCUGAGGGAGGGGAAAAGAGACGGGAUUGUGUGUCUUGAUGAGUUGGAUUCUAUGGAGGAUCUGGAUGAGGAACAAGAGGAAACUGGAAAGGACGAGUAUAUUGUGCCCGAGAUUCUGCCAGGGAUAACUACUCAGAAAGACAAGGUGAAAAUAAUAUCGAACGUGAAAGUACCUCCGAACCGCCAAAAAGCGGAUAGCACGCAAAGCACGCAAGUCAUUCAGCUGGAUCCCAGUUCCGAAGCGGAAUCUCUGAACAACGUUGCCAGCGGCAUCGCCACCAGCUUGGGUUUGGUCGAUAUAGUGGUGCUCGACGAGAACCAGCAGUACAUCCUCCAACAGGACGCGCAAGGGGAAGGGGAGUUUAUCAUUCCGGAUCUGGGGACCGGACAGUCUUUUGCUAGACAAGUGAUUACGACGCAGCAUAAUACGGUUAUACAACAAGGUAUGAUUCAAUCUGCUGGUUCAGAUAUUGGGUCCACCGAUGAAUUAGUGAUGGUUUUAACUGAUCAUGAAUACCCUGAUGAGCAAGAAGGUGAACACUCUGACAACUCCAACAUUGUUGUCUUGUACAGUCACCCUGUAGAAGGACAGGAAGGACAAUUCAUAACCUCUCAAGGAAAUCUCUUGGUGAAUUCGCAAACCGGCAUGCUGGAAAUUCGUAAUGGAACCAGUAUUGCUACAUCGUCUUCCGAUCAAGUGGUGGUAACGAAUAAUGUCGAUACUCCUGUUGAGUCCAUCGAAAUGAUCCAUAGGGAAAUCCAUGGUACUGAUGCUGUAAUGAAACAAGAACCAUAUUUUGAAGAGGACAGGAAGCCAGAGGUUCCCUCUCAACAAAUCGAAGAUACUUCAGAGUCACAAGAAGAAGUUGAAGAAGAUCAAAGUGAAGAGGCUCCAGAAGAGAGUGAAACUCAAGAGAGCCAUGUGAACGGCGAUAACGAAGAUAAUGUUCUGGAACAAGAAGAAAAUCCUGAUAAAGAGAAUGAAAGUGAAGACCAUGUUGAUAGCAACGAAAACAUGGGUACCGAAGAACCAAUGGAAAUUGAUGAAAUUGAGGAAAACGACAGAACGAAAAUUAGCGAGAAUGAUGAACAAGGAUAUGCGACUCAGGAUUCUUGUGGUGAAAAAUUAAUUAAUACAAGUACAGAAGAAGAUGACGAGCAGUCAGCCCCACUCGAAAAUCGAGAAGACCAAGAAGAAAACGUUGACAGUAAGGAACAUGAAAGAGCGCAAGAGGAGGGAGCCGACGUACCCCCUGAAAAACCAGCUGAAACUGAAGAAGAGGAAAAUGUCAUCGUCAACGAUCCCGCGAAUCUUCCUGAUCAACCGGCCAAUUCGUCCAUGGAAGACAAUAUCGAGGGAGAUGAUGAGGUCGAGAGAAUGGAUGUUGACGGGAAAAUUGCGGAGAAGCAAGAUCUUGAUGAACAAGAUCAGGAACAGGAUCAGGAGCAUGAGCAAGGAGAUGAAGAGAUGCCCGAGGAAGAAAAUUCUAGUCUGCCGGAAGGACUUACCCAGCCUGAGGAACCACAAACAGAAGAAUCGCAACCAGAAGAAUCGCAACCAGAAGAAUCGCAACCAGUAGAAUCGCAACCAGAAGAAUCACAACCAGAAGAAUCGCAACCAGAAGAAACCACCACAGAGGUUCAACCAGAGGAACCACCUGAAAGUCAAGAUCCAGUUACAAAUGAAGAAGUCAAUGAAGUCACAUUGGAGAAGAACGAAGAUGUUUGCGAAGCAUCAAGAGAGAAUGACAAGACAUUGGCAGAAGGUGGCAGUACGUUGAGAAAAAACGAGACCCAGGAGAAAUCGAAGAAAAGCCAGGUCGAUAUCAACAAGGCUAUUCUUGAUGAUUGGGGAGAAGAUGAUACAGAUUCACAGCAGAGCGAGAAACACGUUCAGGAGGGGGAUAAUUUUCGAGAUGAAGCUGAGAAUCAAACAAGAGCUGUGGAUAAUGUAAAUAAGUUGAUGGAUGAUUGGGAAGAAGAGGAAGAGGAGGAAAAAAAGGAUGCUGAAUAAAAAUGAUAUAUUUUGUGUAUAUAGCAGGUGAUAAGAAUGUUUGGACAAUGGAAGGAUCUGCAACGUCUAACUUUUGUUGAGUUGAAAACUAUUUAAUCAUCAUCCUCCAGGUUUUUACAAGUGAUUUAAUCAUUUUGAACAAUAUAAUUAUCAACAGUAAUUAUAAAAGUGGUGGUAAAAUCCCACUCCUGGUCUUCGUCCACUCGUGAGAUUUCUAUAGCAGCAAAGAUUCGUGCAUCUAGUUAAAAUUAU